GGGGGAGACAAAGGCGGCCGGGCGUGGUGCUGGUCACCCACACCACCUUCAUAGGACGACCGAGUGUGAAACGCUCUCUUCGAAGUCUGCGAAGAGGCAUACAUGGGAGACGAGAACCGAAUCACGGGCACCUGAACGCUGCCACCUUCGCAAGAGGGAUUCUGGAAUUAAGCAGCAAACCCUCAGAAGCGGAGCGACAGAGCAACGCAGGGAGAUGUUGAUGCGGCUUGCGGCCCUGGGGCGCACCCUGCGGCCUUGCCUAAGCGGCACCGUCUUUGCCACGCCACUUCCUGCGGGGCAGAUUGUUCCCUCGUCCUCCAAAUCGUCGUCGCCCCGCUCCACCCCUUCGUCAGGGCCGUGGCACCGCCCCCCCUUCUCGUGGUGUCCCGCACGGACGGCAUUGUCGCGGGAGGAUGCGGAACUCCUCGUGGCAUCGUGCCUCGACGUGCCGAACCGCGAGCGGUGCCGACGGGAGCUGGCCCGGAGGGACCGUGGGACCUCGCGGCAGCAGCAGCAGCAGCAGCAGCCGCCGCCGCUCAUCCCCACGUGGACUCCGGCCCAGGGGAACCGUGUCGACGCCGCAGUGCUGGUGUCACUGUGCCGGCACGCCGGGGAGCCCAGCGUGCUGCUCACGCUGCGGUCACGCACCAUGCCCGGCCGGCAUAGCGGGGACGUCUGUUUCCCCGGCGGCAAACAGGAAGAGGGGGACCGGGAUGCGGUGGCGACGGCGUUGAGGGAGGCGCGGGAGGAGCUGGGGGUGGACGUGAGCGUUGACUCCGUGUGGGGGCUUCUGACCCCCGUCCCAGACGUGACGGGCAAAAUGCUGGUGUGGCCGGUGCUCGCGGACCUGGGAGAAGUUGACCCGGACGCAUUGAAUCCCAACCCAGACGAGGUAGAGGAGGCGUUCCUCGUCUCUCUGCGCCACCUGUGCGACCCCGCGCACCAGGGCUACACGCGGUUCCGCGCUCGCGGCGGCCGCUACGCGUACACGCUGCCGCUCUUCAGCACGGGCCACUCGCCCCACGCUGCCUCCGCUGCGCCGACGUCGUCGGCUGGGUCGGCGGCUUCGGCGGCGUCGGCCUGGGGCAGUCACAGAGUGUGGGGCCUCACCGGUGUGCUGCUGGACCAGGCGCUCGCUGCGCUCCUGCCGGACGUCUACAGCUCCAAGGUUCACGGCGCCAGAUUCGCGCGCCCCUCUGGGGGCAAGGGUCAAACGCGGGUCACCCGGACUGACCAGUAGCGGUGGCAGCAGCAGCAGCAGCAGCAGGAGG